AUGCCUCUUCUGCCAUUGCCAAAAAGGGAGACCACUCAGUCCAAGUUGGACAGCCUCUACUUGAGGUUGAAGGACGUCUACAUACCAACUCGAGAUGGCAGUGAGCUUUGCGCUGAUAUCUUUCUACCCUUGAGUGUCGAACAAUAUGAGAAAGUCCCGGUCCUCUUAUCCAUGUGUCCCUAUGGCAAAGAUGUCCAUGCCCUUGAAUGGGGAUUGCCACAGACGGACAUUUACGCUAAGAUGAAUGCCAAAAUCGAACCUCUAGGUCCCGACGCUGGGUUUGAGGCCCUCGAUCCACUAAUCUGGACCACAGAAUUUGGAUACGCUUUGAUAAGAAUCGAUUGCCGGGGCGUGGGCGGAACUCCAGGAAUGCUUGAUCCUUUUGGACUCCAGAGAACACUCAAGUCGGGCCAGGACGCAGAGGGAAAUGACCUCUAUGAUGCCAUCGAGUGGGCUGCACGUCAAUCAUGGUGCAACGGAAAGGUGGGAAUGAGUGGUAUCAGCUAUCUCGGAAUGGCUUGCUGGUGGGCAGCGCAACAGAACCCGCCAUCUCUUAAAGCAGUAGUGCCAUGGGAAGCUGGAAGUGAUUUGCUGUAUUCCUUAUUUCGACCUGGGGGACUCUCUAAUUCCAACUUCUUAGCGCAUUGGUGGAAGAACUGUGUGCUUCCAUACCAACAUGGCCGUUUGGAAGGUGUAUCAGAGGACGAGCUUCAAAGUCAUCGAGUGGACUUUUUGAAAUGCCGCAGUUGGGAAUUUCGUAGCGAUGGCUCAUUCCCGAUUCUAGACCGCCUCAGGAGGUUCGAUAACAUAAAAAUUCCGUUCUAUUCCUCUGCCAACUAUAUGGACACUGAGGUUCAUGCUCCUGGAAAUAUUCUAGGUUAUAUGUGGGGCACAUCACAGACAAAAUACCUAGAGACACACACGGGGGAUCAUCUUCACGCCUUCUACAGUCGAGAUGGAAUAGAUCGACAACGAUGCUUUUUGGACCACUUCCUGAAGGACGAUGGCAAAUCUCUACAGGGAAUUCCGAACGUUGAUCUGCUCGUCAGAAAAGGUGCAAGAACUUAUCGGCGUGCCGAGCAAGACUUCCCUCCGUACGAUACUGAGUAUCAAGAGUACUUCUUGACUUCUGACGGGCAACUCUUGGAUGAAUAUCCGGGUAACAGCAAUGAGAUAAUAGUUGAGUACACAGGUCUCAAUAGUUCAAAGGUAUUCUCUACCAAGCCUCUAGGCGAGAACUUCGAGCUGUUGGGAUUUCCCUACAUGGUUCUCGACGUCGCAACGACUGCCAAAGACAUGGACCUGUUCAUAACAAUGACAAACAUGGAACCGAGCGGGGAUUUGGUUCAGCUGGAGGGUAAUCACGGCGAACCAUCCGUUGCAGUAACUCGUGGAUAUCUACGAUUGUCGCAUCGCGAGCUGGAUGAACAGCGAUCCACGGAGCAUCUUGUGAUUCUUAGCCACCAAAGCUCAGCACCAGUGGAACCAGAUACACGAUACCAGAUCAAAGUUCCCAUACAGGCAACAAGUAUGGUAUUUGAGAAGGGUCACAAAAUCCAGAUAGAGCUAGGUAGUCGAGACAGUGAAACUUUACUCGACGUGAUGAAGCACCAGGGCUUCGACCGUACAAUGGAUCGCUUUGGAGGGAAGAACACAAUUUUCAAUGGAAGUAAGAUUAUCCUGCCUUUCGUCAGGCGCAUCUAUCAAUAG